AUGGCCUCCAACCCUUUCCAACAGUUUUUGGGACGGACCGCGUUCUACCUGUUCGGUAUCUUCAGCUACCUUCUUUACUUUGGUUUGUCCAUAAAGAGCGGGGCAUACUUCAAAAAGAACACGGAGCAAGACGAUCUACAGUUCGCCAUUGAACGAGAUCGUUUCUGGAAUUUGACAAAGGAACCCCUGCCAGGCUUCAAACACUACUUCUACUCUCUGCGUAAUGGCCUCAAACUGCACUACCUCUCCAAUCGAGCCGAAGCAACGACUGGCAAUCUAAUCGUCUUCCUCCAUGGGUUUCCCGACAGUUCAAUGAUGUGGAGGCAUCUAUUGCAAGAGCCGGCCAUACCGAAGAGCGAGGCCACCUUGGUCUGUGUCGACUUGCCUGGGUAUGGAGGCAGUGACAGCUUCAAGGUCUACGACACCGAGGUGCUGGAAGCUCUGACCGAGUUCGUUGUUGCCAUGCGAGACCGUUAUAUUCCAGUCGAGGAAACAGACGAGGCGAAGACGUUCAUUGUAGGGCAUGACUGGGGCUGUGUACUUGGCUUUCGCCUCGCUGCAGAUGCUCCCUGCCUGGCCGAUCGCUUCAUACUGACCAACGCUCCACAUGUUGAACUCGCUCUUGCAAACAAGGACCGCAUCAUCCAAUCAGCCUCCAAGAUCUUCAAGCAAUUCAAAAAGUCGCCGAAGCAACACUUUGGCUGCUUGUCCAAAUCCAUCAAUACGCUGAAGCCGCUGUUGUGGCAGACAUUGUUGAUGGGCUACAUAUUCGUGUUCAAUUUGCCUUCUUUCUUUGUCCAUUCUCUGGGGACUGGUGGGAACUAUUCGUUCCUGCGAGGAGCCAACAAGGUAGGAUACGAUAGGCACUCAGAUGAGUUCCGCGCUCAGGAAGCUCUCGCAUCAACACUCGGCCCUGGUCCCGAAGAGUGCAGAACUGCGACCCACGAUGGGACUACCUACGGUCCGUCUGUGGCAGUAAGAGCCGCGUCCUCCGCAGACGCCUUCUGGAACAUGACCGGAGUCUACCGUGAUGGACCAGCAACAAGACCUUGGACCAAAUCUCUCGAGACCUUGGCAGACCUGUAUGCCCUUGAAAACUCUACUUCGGAGUCGAGCCCUCCCGGCAGCAGACGCCGGUCGUCGGUUUCGAACCACAGCAUCUUUGUUGACCCCAUCAAGGGAAAGCUUAAUGCACCGGCUUACGUGAUCUGGGGGGAGAAAGACCAGGCGUGCACCCGAACCAUAUGCUUGGACGGCUUGGGAGAUUAUCUUGCCAAAGACAGUGAGGUGACGAUCCUGCCUCGAAGUGGUCACUGGACGCCUGUGGGCAAGGAGUCUCGCGCAGCUCUCGCUACUGCGAUUGGCUUGUUUGCAGGGAGAAAUGCCAGGCCUGUGUCAAAGAUGACUGCUGAAGUACAAAAGGUCUAUCCGGACGCAGUUAUGAUGGUGAAGAAAUGA